AUGGAAGAGGUGGACAUGGGGGAGCAGCCACUGGAGAGGCCCCUGAGGAUCGGGAUACCCUGGCAGUGCCUCCGGCGCUUUGCCCUGGCCUGGUGGGAGAGGACAGCCGAGGGCAGCGCGCGAUCUCCCAGGGAGGAGGCCGGACCGAGGGACCCCGGGGGCCGAGGGGAGCCAGAUCCGGAGCGGAGCAGCCCCCCCAUGCUGUCUGCUGAUGAUGCGGAGUACCCGCGGGAGUACCGGACCCUGGGGGGCGGGGGCGGCGCGGGCGGCGGGGGCCGGCGCUUCUCCAACGUGGGGCUGGUGCACACGUCGGAGCGGAGGCACACGGUGAUCGCCGCCCAGAGCCUGGAGGCGCUCAGCGGGCUACAGAAGGCGGAUGCGGACCGCAAGCGCGAUGCGUUCAUGGACCACCUGAAGAACAAGUACCCCCAGCACGCCCUGGCCCUGCGCGGUCAGCAGGACAGGAUGCGAGAGCAGGUUGGCGGCUGGACCGUGGACCCCGUGUGCCUCCUCAGCUCCCUCUGCUCCCACCUCCAUGGCGACUCCGCCCCCUCCGGGGCUGGCCAGCCGGCCCAGCAGCCAAACUACUGGAGUUUCAAGACUCGCAGCUCACGCCACACUCAGGGAGCCCAGCCCGGGCUGGCAGACCAGGCAGCCAAGCUGUCGUACGCCUCGGCUGAGUCGCUGGAGACCAUGUCGGAGGCGGAGCUGCCCCUGGGCUUCAGUAGGAUGAACCGCUUCCGCCAGAGCCUGCCCCUCUCCCGCUCUGCCAGCCAGGCCAAGCUGCGCUCGCCAGGGGUGCUGUUCCUGCAGUUCGGGGAGGAGACUCGGCGCGUGCACAUCACGCACGAGGUCAGCAGCCUGGACACGCUGCACGCGCUCAUCGCGCACAUGUUCCCGCAGAAGCUCACCAUGGGCAUGCUUAAGUCGCCCAACACCGCCAUCCUCAUCAAAGACGAAGCUCGCAACGUCUUCUACGAGCUGGAGGACGUCCGGGACAUCCAGGACCGAAGUAUUAUCAAGAUCUAUAGGAAGGAGCCACUUUAUGCAGCUUUUCCUGGCUCACACCUUACCAACGGGGACCUCCGGAGGGAGAUGGUGUAUGCCUCGAGGGAGUCGUCGCCCACACGGCGUCUCAACAACCUGUCGCCGGCACCACACCUGGCGUCCAGCUCUCCGCCGCCGGGGCUGCCGUCGGGGCUGCCGUCAGGGUUGCCAUCGGGGCUGCCGUCCGGGCUGCAGUCGGGCUCGCCGUCGCGCUCGCGCCUCUCCUAUGCCGGGGGGCGCCCGCCCUCCUACGCUGGCAGCCCGGUGCACCACGCGGCCGAGCGGCUGGGGGGCGCCCCCGCCGCCCAGGGCGUCAGCCCCAGCCCCAGCGCCAUCCUGGAGCGGCGCGACGUGAAGCCAGAUGAGGACCUGGCGGGCAAGGCGGGCGGCAUGGUGCUGGUGAAGGGCGAGGGCCUCUAUGCCGACCCCUAUGGGUUGCUCCACGAGGGCCGCCUGAGCCUGGCCGCGGCAGCCGGCGACCCGUUCGCCUACCCGGGCGCCAGCGGCCUCUACAAGCGCGGCUCUGUGCGCUCGCUCAGCACCUAUUCGGCCGCCGCGCUGCAGUCCGACCUGGAGGACUCGCUGUACAAGGCGGCGGGCGGUGGCCCGCUCUACGGCGACGGCUAUGGCUUCCGCCUGCCGCCCUCAUCGCCCCAGAAGCUGGCCGACGUGGCGGCGCCCCCCGGAGGCCCCCAGCCGCCGCACAGUCCCUACUCGGGGCCGCCCAGCCGCGGCUCACCGGUGCGCCAGUCUUUCCGCAAAGACUCGGGCUCCUCGUCGGUCUUCGCAGAGAGCCCCGGAGGCAAGACCCGCAGCGCCGGGGGCUCCUCGACGGCCGGAGCCCCGCCUCCCGAGCUCUUCCCCGGGCCUGGGGAGCGCCCGCUCGUUGGGUUUGGGCCGCCGGUGCCAGCCAAGGACACGGAGACCAGGGAGCGCAUGGAGGCCAUGGAGAAGCAGAUUGCCAGCCUCACAGGCCUGGUACAGAGUGCCCUACUGCGAGGCUCGGAGCCUGACACCCCCAGCGAGAAGAUUGAAGGCUCCAAUGGAGCAGGGACCCCUUCAGCACCCUGUGGGUCAGGGAGCCGGAGCAGUGGGGCCACCCCAGUGUCCGGCCCUCCCCCGCCCUCGGCCAGCAGCACUCCUGCGGGGCAGCCCACUUCCAUCAGCCGUUUGCAGAUGCAGCUGCACCUGCGUGGCCUGCAGAACAGCACCAGUGACCUGCGCAGCCAACUUCAGCAACUGCGAAAGCUCCAGCUACAGAACCUGGAGUCGCUGCGCGCGCUGCUGAAAGGCACAGAGGCGGAGCUGAGCAUGCGCGUGUCGGAGGCUGCGCGAAGGCAGGAGGACCCGCUGCAGCGGCAGCGCACCCUGGUGGAGGAGGAGCGGCUGCGCUAUCUCAACGACGAGGAGCUCAUUACCCAGCAGCUUAAUGACCUGGAGAAGUCAGUGGAGAAGAUCCAACGGGAUGUGUCCCACAACCACCGGCUGGUGCCCGGGCCGGAGCUGGAGGAGAAGGCGCUGGUGCUGAAGCAGCUUGGGGAGACGCUGACUGAGCUCAAGGCUCACUUCCCAGGCCUGCAGAGCAAGAUGCGGGUAGUGCUGCGAGUGGAAGUGGAGGCUGUGAAGUUCCUGAAGGAGGAGCCACAGCGUCUAGACGGGCUACUCAAGCGCUGCCGUGGGGUCACAGACAUGCUGGCCCAGAUCCGAAGGCAAGUGGACGAGGGCGUGUGGCCACCCCCCAACAACCUCCUGAAUCAGUCCCCCAAGAAGGUGACGGCCGAGACGGACUUCAACAAGAGCUUGGACUUCGAAAUGCCGCCCCCCAGUCCUCCACUGAACCUCCAUGAGCUGAGUGGGCCGGCUGAGGGGGCCCCUCCUACUCCUAAGAGCAACCCCACCAAAGGCCUGGACGCUACUGGGAAGAGAAGCGUGGACAAGGCUGUGUCUGUCGAGGCUGCCGAGCGGGACUGGGAAGAGAAGCGGGCAGCCCUGACCCAGUACAGUGCCAAGGACAUCAACCGGCUGCUGGAGGAGACCCAGGCAGAGCUGCUGAAGGCCAUCCCUGACCUGGACUGUGCGAGCAAGGCCCACCCGGGCCUGGCCCCCACCCCUGACCACAAGCCCCCGAAGGCGCCCCACGGCCAGAAGGCAGCCCCCCGGACGGAGCCCAGUGGAAGAAGAGGCUCAGAUGAGCUGACGGUGCCUCGAUACCGCACAGAGAAGCCCUCCAAGUCGCCCCCACCACCCCCUCCCCGCCGGAGCUUCCCUUCCUCCCAUGGCCUGACCACCACGCGCACCGGGGAGGUUGUGGUCACCAGCAAGAAGGACUCAGCCUUCAUCAAGAAGGCCGAGUCCGAGGAGCUGGAGGUGCAAAAGCCCCAAGUGAAGCUGCGCCGGACUGUGUCCGAGGUGGCCCGCCCGGCCUCCACGCCGCCCAUCAUGGCCUCUGCCAUCAAGGAUGAGGAUGAUGAGGACCGCAUCAUUGCUGAGCUAGAGGUGUUUGAGAGAAGCUCAGUGUCUUCCCUCCCCCCCACACCCCGCCGCCAGCCGAUCCCCACCUUGCUGGCACCCCAGGACCUGGGGCCCCCUGGGGGCUCAGCCCAGGGCCCCACAUGGAAGGUUGCCCCAAGCCCCAGGGCUUUCUGCGUCCCCCAGAUCAUCUUGACGGAGUGUACCCCCAACGCUCCUUCCCCACCAGAGGCCAGACCUGAGGAACCUGAUCAUAGGACAACCCCCACCCCGCGACCCCGGACCCUGGCUGGCAGUGGGAGGGGCUGGGAUGGCGCCCAGGCCCUGCCACAGGUAGUGGCCAAGGCUUCCCAGCUCAGGAACAGCGUGGUGCCUGAGAAGGACGGGGCAGCUCAGCAGAGACUGGGGACAGGGAGCUGCAUCACAGAGGGCGGAGCCAGGCUCCCCUGUUCCUGGGGACCAGCCCCUAACAGGACUCAGGAGCCUUCCGCUGCUGACAGCCACCCAGAGGAGACCCCCAAGGACAUGGGACAGGAUGCACAACCCGGCGGUGGGGUGCCCAGGGGCCAGCCCACUGCUGGUCUGGGCUGCACAGUGAGAGGCGCCACCACCCAGCGGAUGGACAGCCUGGAGGAGACACUCCGGGAGCUGGAAGCCACUCUGAGCCAGAUGGGCACAGCCCUCGCCACGGAGCCCCCUGGCAGCCCCCCACCCCUGCCAGUGGGUCCCCAGAGUGGCGGUGGCAGCGUGCCACCCAUGAAGGUGGUGACUCCAGGGGCCUCUCGGCUGAAGGCAGUCCAGGGCCAGGCGGGCAGCCCCGACAAAGGCAAGCACGGCAAGCAGAGGGCGGAGUACAUGAGGAUCCAGGCCCAGCAGCAGGGCACCCAGCUCCUCUCUCCUGCCCCCUUGUCACCUCUGCGGCCUCUACACCGUCUCCUCCAUUCAGUCGCCAGCCCACUCGACCUUCCCUCCAGCCACAUCCCAGGGCUGUGUCUCCAGUGGCCUCCAGACUUGCUUUUCCCACCAUGCCCUACUCCCCUCUCUGCAGCAUGUGCGGUAUAGACCCUGCCCCCCAACAUACGUGCACGCACGCACGCACACACAGAUACACACACGGGGGAGCUGUGUGGAGACCUCCAUUCCUUGCUGUUGUCUCCUCCCUUGUCAGCCCUCACCCUGACCCUCCUGACUCCUUUCGGGGUGUGUCCCCUCUGCCUCUUCACUUCGCUGGGUCACACUUCCUCCUGGGCCUCUGAGCUCUUCAUACCACACACACCUCUCCGGCGGCACCAGUACCCUCUGGCCCUGCCCGGAGUCUGUUCUGAGCCCAAGCCUGCCCCUCAGAAAAUGUCACCCGCCACCCCCCAAGGGUGGCAUCCACCCACUCUGAGAGUCUCCUCUUUCCUUCCUCACCACCUGCUGUCCACGGUUCUCUCCCCACUGGGGCCUCGACCCUGGCCAUACU